UGGACUGGAAAUUAUUACUAGCAUAGAAUAUUUUAAAACACAUAUUUACAAUUCACAAAGCUUAGCCAGCUCUGAGCCUUACUCGUAAGAUAAUAACCAAACGGUACUCUUUCUCCUACCAAUACACACCUACAUUACAACUCUAAACAUUCGAUGAAAAGGACGUGUUCAAGGACGUUAUAUUUUAUGCAGAAGUGAUUCAGUGGAAACAUUAUGGAAAAGAUAUUUUUACUUUUAAUGGUAACGAGUACCUUAGCAAAAAACCUCGGACACGCACCAUUACUAACAACUUUGUUCAGAUGGAAACAGAUUGACUUUGAAUAUCCUUCGACUGAAGCUCGCCAGCAAGCUAUUGAUGACAGGGAAUUUAUUCAAGCAGAGGUUUUCCCUUAUGAAGUAGAACGGUGGAAAGACCGCGUGUUCAUUAGUACACCUAGACUAAAGAGUGGAAUCCCAGCGACGCUCUCGUCUGUACAAAUUGGCGCACCCACAGAUUCACCCCUCUUACAACCAUACCCCGACUGGAAGUGGCAAGAUGAAGUAAACUGCACCGGAUUCGUCUCGAUCUAUUGCAUGAGUAUAGACGACUGUGGUGUGAUGUGGGUUCUAGACUCUGGAUUACGAGAAUCUCGUCAAGUUUGCCCGCCAACCCUGUAUGCUAUCAACUUAGAUUCUGAUACGGUAGUGGGAAGAUACCCAAUCCCGAAUGAACAACUGCUACAAAAUUCUCGGAUCAUUAAUCUCGUCGUGGACUCGAGAGACGCGCAGUGCAGAGAUCUACACGUGUACAUGUCAGAUCCUUGGGAAUUUGGACUGAUUGUCUUCAGACAUGAAGAUGCAGCUUUUUGGCGUUUCACCCACUACAGCUUCUACACGGCCGGCUCUUUCCUAAAACGUCCAUAUGACAUGGAAUUUGACUUUUUAAGCAUCAAGUUGAUCAUGCAUCUUGGCAAGUAUCGCCAUGGUGACAGACCUUUGUACUACCAGUCCAGGUCGAGUUCAAAUAAAUUCGUAGUAAAAUCUUCUGUAAUUCGCGAUCCAAAGCGCGUAAACAACUCUGCUGGUGAGUUCAGGCUGCUCGGCCGACGCGAAGACAUUGCCGCUGCAGCUACCGAGCGCAACGAUGUUAUAUUUUUUAUUUCAGAUGUUAUCGUUUGUUGGAAUCAGAAUACAAGCAAACCAUAUAACAUCCAGAAUAUAAUUGAAAGCCGGCUCAAUCUCACAAACAUUUUACUCCGCGAUUUUGAACUAGAUCAUGAAAUACCACCAACUGGAUGGAUGAUAUCAGCCAACGCUUUCAAAUACUAUUUUAUGUUGAUGAAGCCUAAUGAAUACAAUUACCGCGUUUUAUAUUUUGAUCCAGAGGUGGCAAUUAAAAAUGCGUGCCCAUCUGAAAAUCUUAACUCUACCUUUAUUAGGGAAAAUUUUUAAAUACCUAUGUAAAAUGAUUUGUCUAGGUGAAUUGUAUGUACCCCCAAUCAUAUUCCUACGAGUCACUACCAAUUGGUAUAUAUUAAUGUUACUGUUAAGGCAUCUUGAGCACAUAAUAGGUUUUGUUUUAAAGUAAAAGGGUGUUGUACUGACAGGCUUAUACUGAUCAGACAAUGUAUGUGGAUGUACUUCAAGUGUUAAAUAGGGAUAAAACGUAGAGACUAAAGAGUAAUUUUUGUAGUAGAACAUUUUAAAAGUCUAUUUACAUUCUAAGUACCUACGUGAUAACUAAUAUUGAAAGAUUGUUUUGUAAACGAAUUUUAUUAACGAUCUGUUGCAUUUGACCAAUAAAUUGAAAAAGAGGCCAAAUGAAUAUUUCAGUGUAUAAUUUAUAAAUAUAUUGUACCU